AUGCCCUUCUCCGAUCUCUACACUGCCAUCGACCCCAUGAUCCCUUCCCAAUUUCCUACCUCAAGAUCACCGACACCGACACCAGCACCCGGACCAUCAGCUACAAUCAAAUCCUCCGUACAGUCCUCACUAUUCUACACGAAUCCUCCAAAACAAGCAGAACCAGAGCCAGAACCAGAACCAGCACCCACCACAGAGACACCUUCUUUCCCCGGAAAUGACUGCGAAGAGUCUACUCACGGCUCCUGGCCCAGAUCCACGACCUCCUCGCACUCCUCCGCGCUCUCUCACACGCCCAACCCGACAGCUCUACACUCCUUUGGGAACAAAAUAUCCGCUACUGUGACCGCGCACCCCAUCCUCGCGACCUUCUUGUUCGUGCAGGUGCUGUUCUCUGGGAUUCCGGUGUGUAUGUUUGUCGUUGGGGCGCUGGUGAGUGCGGUGUUUGCAGUGGCGGUGUUUUCGUGUUUUGCAAUGUUGGUGUUGGGGCCUGUGGUGGUGGGUACUACUCUGGUGGCGGUGGGGGUUUGGGGGUCUGGAUGGGUGGUGUAUAAGGUUGGAGGGUGGGCGGUGAGGAGGUUUUUGAUCGCCGAGGUGAAUGAUGAAGUGGAGGGAAUUGCCGAGGGAGGAAGAGUGGGGAUGUGGCAUGGGGAGGGGGUGGGGGGGUGUCUUUGA